AUGAAAUAAAAUAACAACGUAUGUAAUAUAAAAAAAUGUAAGAGAAAGAAAAAAUAUAUAUAUAUAAAAUAGGAAGGAAUUAUAAAUCUUGAAAAUUUCAAUGAAAACUCAAAUAAAUUACCAAUUAUAAACAGUCCACGUUCAAUAGAAGCUUGUCGUCGAUAAGGAAUAGUUCCAGAUGAAUUAAUAGUAAAAUCAUUAGAUGAUAUGAAGAUUAUAUAUCCCGAUAAAAUUACAGAUAAAAAGCAUCUUGAAAUAAAGCUGUAAAAUUAUGAAAAAAAAAGAAAAUAAUUAGUUUAAAAAGCCAAAGAAGAACGACUAUUAAUAAUAGAAGAAUAAAAUAAGGGAAUAUGUGUAUUUGAUUCAAAUGGACAUGCAAAAGUAUUAUUUUAGCAUAAUGUAUUUAUUUUUGUUUUUUUUAAUAAGUAAAUAAUAUAGUUUUUAUUUUUAUUUAAAAAAAAAAAAAAUAAGUAAAAAGAAAUUGAACAAAUGAUGGAUUAAGAAAUAAAAAUUUAAUAAAUAAAAAAAUAAAAUGAAGAAAAAAUAUAACUUGAAAAACUAAAAGAGUAAUAAAGACUUUAAGAAAUUUAAGAAAAGAAAAAAAAAUAAGAAGAAGUUCGUCAUAAAAUGGAAUUAGAAAAAUAAUUAAGAACUUAAAAAGAACUAGAGCUUUUAAAAUAAAAAGAAAUUGAAAAUGAAUAAAGGGAAAAUGAAAGAUAAAAAUAAGAAGAAUAACGAAAAUAAGAGCAUUUAAUGAUACUUCUUUAAAAAGAAGAAUAAAGAAAAAUUAAAUAAGAAUAGUUUAAAAAAUCUACAUAAGAAAAAUUAAAAUAAUAAGAAGAAAUUAUACUCAAAAAAAAGGAAGAAAUGGAAAAAAGCAAUUAAAUUAGAGCAUAAAUUUUAGAAGAAAAAUAAUAAUAAAAAGCUAUAGAAUCUGAAUUAAAAAGGAAAUAAUAAGAAGAAAAACUUCUUUUUGUAAAAUAAAAAAACGAAUAAGAUAUAUAGAGAAUAAAAGAAGAAUUUUAAUAGAAAUAAUUGGUAAAUGAAAGGAAAAAAAUAUAAUUCGAAAAAGAAAAAGAGCAUAGAAUUUUAUAAAAUUAAAAAUAGGCAGAAAUGCAUAAAUUACUAAUUUCUUAGGUUUUAAAGAAUACAUAAGAAAUAGAAGAAUAAAAAAAACUUAAUUAUAUUAGAAGAUUAGAAGAAGUAGAACAAAGAAGAAAAAUUCUCCAAAAAGAAUAAGAAGAAGAAUUCAGAAUAUAGAAACUUAGAGAUUUAGAAAACGAAAAACAGCGAAAAAUGGUAUAAGAAAAUAACGAAAAGUUACUAAUAGAAAAAACAUAGCUAUAUGUCAAUAAAUUUUAAGAGAAAGAGAAUAAUGUUUAUAAAAUUUAAGAAAAAUUAAAAGAAGAAUUAUUAGACAAAGCAAAUUAUUUUAACAUUAUUCGAAUCGAAAGAAAAGAAACAGUUAAAAGAAUGUAGAGGAAAUAAAAUUGGGAAAAAGAUAAAUUAUUAUAAUCAAUAUAAGAUAAAAUGUAAAGGGCUGAAAUUAUGUAAAAAUAAAAAGAUGACCUUUUAGAAUAAAGAAAAAUAAUGAGAUAAUAAAUUAUUUAAUAAAAGUAAUAUAUUUAAUAAUAAAUGGAAAAAGUUAAAUAUGGAAAAAUUGAACCUAAUGAAGUACUUUCUUAAUUUAAAAAUACAAACUUUUCAGUUACUUAAGAAGAAUAAACAACUAAUAAAUAAUAAAAAAAGAAAAUUCUAUCCGCUUCAUUAAAAAGAAAUAAUAAAAGUUAUAGAAAUAAUUAAAGUAAUACUUUAUUAUCUGAU